AUGCAGGACACGACUGUCUCCAUUGGCAACGAGAAGAACAAACUUAGCAUUGAUUGCAACUUUGAGAAGAAUAACAUGGGAGAUGCAGACUUCAGCAAAUACGAUUUAGCCCGUUUACAGGACGAAUUGGAGCAGGAGAGAGAGAUGAAAGAGAUGCUGCAGGAGUCUGUGUGUGAUCUGAGGAGCACCAUGACAGAGUUGGAGGAGAGACUAAACAGUGUGAACCUUGAGGGUAACGAGUGGAAGACCCGGUACGACACGCAGGUGGAGUUGAACGGUCAGCUGGAACGACAGAUCACACUCGUUCACGAAAGACUGGAGGACUUGCAGAGAAACCCCAUGGAUCGAUUAGCCUCAAUACGAUCCUAUGAUGAGAUCCCAGUGGAUGCACUGAGGCAGAGGCUGAAGGUCCUGACCAAUGAGAAGGCAGCGCUGCAGGGUCAGCUGUUAGACUGCGGACUGAGGAUCGAACAGGAGGGGAAGGCCUUUCAUAAAGCCAACAGUGAGAGGCGUGCGUAUCUGUCAGAAAUAGCAAAGUUGUCAUCAAACCUGGAUGUCACCAGGCGGAAAUACCAGGUCCAGCCACAGAGGGCACCAGAGAGCCAGCAGUACCCCGUCCAGCCACACAGGGCACCAGAGAGCCAUAUGAGGAAAGGGAAGCAGACCAGUAAGCAGUCAGGAAGAGAGGAAGGAAGAGGAGGAGGAAGAGGAGGAGGAGGAGGAGGAACAACAACAGAGGAAGGAAGAGGAGGAGGAGGAAGAGGAGUCAGGAAGGCUGAGCUGGGGAGCAGGUUACCCAGACUGAAACACUGA